GAAAUUCACUUGCAAAUGAAGAAAUACAUGAGCUGGCGAGCGCAGGCGGGGCGGCAGUGGGGCUGUGCGGCGCGGAGGGGGGGAGGGAGAGGCGCACGCGAUGCUCUGCGUACGGACAGCGCGGGCCGCGUUUCUCGACACUCGUCAGUCAGCCGCUCAGCCCCAAGCACGCCGCGCGCCGCCAUGACCGUCAAGCAAUACACUCGAGAGGAGAUCUCCAAGUGGGACACCAAGAAGGAGAAUGUCUUCAUCAUAGACAACGUGGUGUACAACGUGACCGAGUUCCUGGACGAGCAUCCCGGAGGACACGAAGUGCUCGUCAACCUCGCCGGAAAAGACGCCUCCGAGGACUUCGAUGACGUCGGCCACAGCCUGGACGCCAAGGAGCUCAUGAAGAAGUACGUGGUCGGCGAGCUGGUGGAGGCGGACCGGGUGCAGCUGCAGAAGCGCCACGUGGCCUGGGAGGACAGCAAAGUCGAGGGCGACACCGGCUUCACCAGCUCGUGGAAGUUCCCCGUGCUGCUGGGCAUCGUGGUCACCGUGCUCUACUCGUACCUGUUCGGCUAGCGCUUGGCUGACGCUCGCCCGGCGCUCAGCUCGGCUCAUCAGGCGGUCACUGGACUCUGUGGAUGUGUGUGGACAUUCCCUAUCGUUACGGAAGGCUGUAUGUAAAUACGAAGGUUUUGUGAAUUAUUUAUACCUAUGUAUAUCGUGAUAAAAAAAUUUGUUUUGUUUCCUACGGAGGACCAACGUUUUGCGUAUUGAAUGAGUUACGUAAUGUUUACGUUUGUGUUUAUGAGUGAAGCGGUGACGGCGCGACAACAUUCCAGCAUCAAAUCUAAUCACGUGAUGUUUGUCAAUAACUAAUUUUUGAAUAAUUCCAAUCAAGGCCACAAAAGCAUCUGAUUAGAUUGCUAUCACCUAGUUAUUAAGUACCUAUUACCUGAGUUUGUAUAAUUUUGAUAUAUUUUGAAAUAAAAAAGCUGAUAUCU